AUGGAGGGAACAAGUGGCUUCGGAGAUCCUUGCCCCUCAGCCGUCCCACUGCAAAAGGGGCCCUUUGCAGGAAGAACGAGGGAGGCCCUAGCUGCAACAGCAGGUCCAAACUUCCAUUUGGAGCCGGGGUUUGGAUGGGUGUUGUUGGUGCUGAUAUUGGCGGUUGUUUUGCAACUCUUUUUUGCACUUAACGUGACGCGGGCCAGAAUACGCUUUGGAGUACAGCCUCCCGAUGUCUACGCCAUUAAGGGGGUGACAGGAAGGGGAGGAACCUUUUCUGACGAUGCAGCAGACUCCACGCUGCUGCGUCUGUCAGCAAAGGAGUGUGAUGUCUUUAAUUGCUACCAAAGGGCCCAUCAGCACUCAGUUGAGAUGUACACGAUUUUCAUUCCUAUGCUUUUGACGGGAGGCCUCGGCUUCCCGCUCACAUCUGCCCUUGGAGGCCUCGUGUUUCUCCUAGGGACGUUUGUCUAUGCCCUAGGAUACUACACAGGGGAAGCUACCAACCGACGAUGGGGUGCCUUUCAGGUCGUCGGAUUGGUGAUCUGUUUAAUUACCACUUUCCUUGAGGCCCUUCGGCUGAUAUGGCUCGGCUGA